GUUCUUUAUAAAAAGGUCUGGAGGUCGAAGCUGAAGUCAGUUUAGUGUCUGAUCGUUAGAGGAGCUGCUGCUGUCACCAACAGGGACAAUAAGAUGCAGAUGUCCCACAGACCUGUGCAGUGGCUCGCUGUCAUGUUUCUUGUCAUCCUUACAACAGGCCAGUGUCAGCAGAACGAGAGAUCCUUCCUGUCUCCUCCUCUCAGCCGCCGAGCUGUGACCGAACACCAGCUGAUGCACGACCGUGGCCGAAACAUCCAGAGUCUCAAGAGGCUCAUCUGGCUGUCCAGCGCCAUCGAGGGUCUCCACACUGCCCAGACCCGCUCCACUGCUCUUGACCCCACAAAGGUCCUGAACCUGGCUCUGAAUCCGGCGCUGGUCCCUGCUGCAGAGAGCCCCCAGUCUGCCCGGGUCCAGAGCCUCCUGAGAGACUUCUUUAAUCCCUACCUGACUCAACUGUCAGACAGAGAGCCCUAACACCACACUGAGGCACAGAAAUGAGGCCACUGUACACAGACAGAAAAAUAAAUAUUAAUUGUGUCCAUUCUUUUAACAAUAAAACACUUAAAGCACAACAACAAAUCAUCUAUAGAAGCAAGACAUCCACUUUCCUGUGACCCUGAGCUGCCUGAAGGUAGUUUAUCUUUGAUUGCUUUGAUAAUAUUUUUUUCCUGUUAAACACAGCAAAACCAAAACAUGACUGAAAUGGUGUAUUUUUAGGUAUUUCUGGUGUAUUUUUAUGUGCAAAACGCUGUUGAUCUUUCACACAAAAACUAAAAUUUGAAUUGCUUGAAUUAAUUCUAUGUACUACUAAGACAAAUUCAAGCCUUUGCCGUUUCCAGUGUGUACUGUGUUUUUAAAUGCAGAAGGUAUUACUCUAGCUCCUUGUCAUCACACCACCAGACUACAAUGGUAUCGUACACACAGACUGCAUCUCUUUCUUUAAAGGUGCUAUAUGUGAGUUUUUGCUAUCGCUACAUAGCUAAUGUUAGCAUUUACUUACCAGUUUAGAAGAAAUGUGGUGAGUUCAGCAUCAUUAUUCCUUUACUUGCCAAGAGCUGUCUCUAGGGGUGAAAAGCAACAUUUGUGUUAACUCUUGCUUUUAUUUCUAUCUAUCUUUUCUGCUACUGAAGUUAGCAUGCUAACCAGCUCACCACUUUGUGAUAGUGAGUCACUGUAGCAUCCAGUCUGUCCUCAGCUCAACACGAGAGGAUGAAGUAGUGCUGCUUAGAGGACGUAUUUUAACCUCUUGUUUGGUAAUCACAACAAUGGCUGAAGCUCUUGUAAACAGCUGUUUAUGCUAAUGUUAGUCAUGUAGUGAUAGCAAAACUUACAUAUAGCACCUUUAAGCCUGUCUCCCAAUAAUUACAUCAAUAUACUUUUAAUGUGCAUCAUACCCAUAUGUCUCUAGAGAAAUGUAAUACCUCUGAAUUAAUUUUUGUAGCAUCAUAAGGAAACUUUUAAAUCAAUGAUUCUGCAGAGACAGAGGUUAGAGACAGACCAAUGUCAAUCCAUAACCAAUGUUUUUCUGUUGUCUAAAGCUAACGACACACGUGACUCGGGAUGUGGGUGGUACAGGAGCGCAGCAGUUCCUUCCUUAACUCGAACAAAACAAAACAAAAAAACCAUUGCCCUGAACAUAAAGUAAAAACCCCAUCAGCUCCUGUCAUAUAUGGAUAUCUGGGUGCUGUGCUGAGAUAAGAGUUGAAAAAAUCCAGACAUGUCCUUUACAGCUGCAGCUGCCACAGCUGGGGGGACUGAUGCAGUUGUGUGUAUGAGAUGAACGAAAGAAGGAAAAUAA